UUUAAGCGGUUAUAUGUGCCAAACAAGUGGAAUGGCGAUUGAUCGAUCGAAAAAUAUUUCACUCACAUAAGCGAGCUCAGUAUACCAUUCGCACAUUUGUGUUAUUCUCUUGCGUGCAUUUUUACCGUACUACUGUGAGAGUGGUUGUGCUAGGGAGUUUUUGUGUGUUUUUCAUGACUUUAAAUUGAAUUUUAUCAGCGAACAUGGAGCACGCAGAGUUCGAUCCAGCGGAAAUUAGGCGUAUGAUGCAAAUGCGCCAGAGAGAACUGCGUGGAAAACACGCAGCGCCUGGUGAGCCAUUUGAAUCCCCGACAAAACGUUCACGAGGGGAAAAGGAAAACACAAUGUCGCCAGCAAAGUCUGGUGAGGGCCCAUCAUCGCCACAUAAAGUGCAAGGUUUUAUGGCGAAAUUUGCUGUUUCGCCGAAAAAUCCCCGGAAGAAUAUGGCUGCUGUGGAAACAAAUAAUCCGAACACGGCAUCAUCGUCCAAAACCAGGUUCUCAGAGCUAUCGAAAAGGUAUGCCGAAAUGGAGGACGAAUUGCCAGCAAAAAAAUCGUCAACUCCAACGCAGUCCACGUCCACUACGCCAAAGAGACAAGCACCUUUACCACCUACUUCUGCGUCGGCAUCAUCAGCGGCUUCUGGAAAAUCUGGCUGUUUUUCGCGUGAUCACACGGUAGCAACAGCAACAACAGCGGCAGGAUGUUCUAUCGAUACACGUACGAAAAAGCGCGCUCCAAGUCCGCCAACCGGUAAAAGUAAAGCAAGGAAUAGGGCGCCCUCACCACCACCACAAUCAACCCAAAAGCGCUGGGAAGUGGUCGAACGAACCACUGUCACAAUUCGUACCGCCGAAGAGAGCGUUAAUAUGUCGAAGAAGCAACCAGGAUCGGAGAAUCGCCUUGAUGAUUCUGUUAGCACGAUGACGUUUGCCAAGGCGAAGGCUGUUGCCAAGGCCCGAGAAGAGGCUGCGGGACUUAUUAAAAGCCCAAACUGUGCAAGUGCGAAGAUUGUGCCGGAUCCGAGCGAAGCGAAAGUGGCCGAUAAAGUGAAGAACUUCAAGAAAGUCGCAGAAAAAGAAUCUGUCUCAGGUACAGCAGGCGAGAGACACCAGGUUAUUCCCAAAUCCAGGGUGGUGCCACGCGGCAAAAUUGCCGAAAAGGUAUCACGAUUUGAUGUGGACUCCUCAGGUCCACGAUGUGUGAUUGAGACAAAACCUCUUGGGAGCGUAUCUUCUCGAGCUAAGUUCUUCGAGAGAGCGAUGGAAGAAGACCGCAAGGCUGCUGAUGCUGCCUACGUUCCAGUUAACCAGCGAAUUGCCAAGGAAAUUGAAAAAGACACCUGCUCCAACCAAGCUCGUGCUAUAAAGCUCGCUGUGUGCAGUACUCAGCUUUCUCCGACGGAAAAGCCGCUAGUCACGCCUCAGCCCGGUAGUUCCCAGCAACUUCAGUUGAAACCUUGCAAAACUGAUGAUGCUGCUGCUGCUGCUCCUUCCGUCGAUGAUAACGCGGGUAAUGACGAUCACGAAGGUACGGAGGACUUCGACAAAUUUGAAGAUCGCGGGAAGAGCGUUGACGAAGGUGAAUCUACUGAGGAUGAGCGGACCACCAUAGCAGAUGAUCAUCAAGUCAAAAUUAUGCAACCGUUGCUACCACUAUCGCCUAAGGCCCAGAAUCCUCUAGAGAAAGAUGUUCCAAAGAAGAUCGGCCAAGUGUCUAAUAAGCUUAAGAAUCGUCUAGAGGACAUGAUAGUACACGGUCAUAAAACCCCAGAUGAGACCUAUCUUUCAGUGACAGAACGCACUGAGCUUCGGCAGGAGCAGUCUGAUAUCGUUGAAGAGGAGGGAGAGCGUGAUGAUCUGGGGAGGCGUGGAGAAACGUUUAUUGACGACUCUAUAUUGACACCAAGGCUGCCUCGAAAAUCUGAACAUCUGAUUGAUGACGAUACCAUCUCGAGACUAACCGGCAUCCCAGAGGACGGGCAUAGUACGCCUCUUGGCAAAGUGCCGCCUUCUUCCGAAGAAAGUUUGGCAACUCCGGUCACAAAGACAAUGAGUCAAUACCGUAGGGAUGAAAAACAGGCUGCCGAACAGCAUGAAGAAAACGUUAAAAGGAUUGUCUAUCAGAUUCCCUCAAAUAUGAUGCAGGAGAUACGGAAAGGCAAAGACGUUCCAAUUGAGGGAGAGUCCAACUCCAGCCUUGGAGAGUACAAGCGUCAGAUCGAGGAAGAAAUUGUAAAGCAGGAGUCAAUCAUGAAGCAGACAAGUCACGCCCUGGCUGUCUGCCAAGACAAUGGAGACCGUGGUAGUGAACAGCACGUUGAGGCCGAGCGUCUUUUAUUAAUUUCAACACAGCGGCAUCAGGCAGCUCAGAGCGAGCUUCAAAGGCUUAAUGUUCAAAAUAGCAUUCCACAACCCGGCGGAACUUUGACAAUAUGCGAUAUCACGCUCCCAUUCAAAAAGGAAUUCCUCAAGUUGUUGCGUUCAUCGAAUGACCUGUUGACUAGCACACACUAUUUCAUGGUCCUCGUACGAUCGGGAGCAUCGCUUCUGCAUACGGAAGUGGUAUCUACAAAUGAAAAGAUUCACGGGGGUGCGGUCAACCUUACGCAUCACAUGGUACUGAAGAACCUGCAAGAGGGAUUUCGAGUGUUCAUCGAUGUCUACGCCGUAGAGGCGCCAAAUCGAGAACACCCUGAUUACGAAAUGACAAUGAAAAAACUCCGCCGUGAGAAGGAAAAAGAGCAAAACGCUCACAAAGGAGGUAUCUUGAGCGCUUUUACACCGAAUAAGAGAAAGACGCCUUCCACUCCUGGAAAUGCGGGAUCCUCCUAUGAGAGCGUGAAAAUUCGUCGGCCUUCUUUCGGACUAAUUGGCAGAGUGACUCUAGACGAGAGUCUUAUCCUCGUAAACAAAGAGGUGCACUACUUGGACAAUUACUACAGUGAAUCACCACUUGACGGCCGAAUCGUGAUGAAAAUUCAGCUCAACAUGCCCCCAAAGGUUACCCAUUGCGGUAUGUUGAGGCUAAAGGAUUCGAGCGGUAUGUUCGGCACUACCGAUUUCAUUAAAUCAUUUUUCGCCGCCAUCGAGGGGAGCCGGCUCAAUCUGUGGAAUGAUAUGAGAGAGGCUGAGGAAGAACAGGAACCGUUGCGGUCCUUUGAUCUUGCGCAGGUCGCUCACACUGUGCGGGUCCAACAAAGUUUCAAUUUUUUUUACUUCCCAAUCCGACUUAACAACGGACUCGAGCUUCUGUUUUUAACAUAUAGCGAAGCGGAAUCGAGCGCCUGGACGGGGAAACUCAACGCCUGCAUCGCCAGCGUGAAAAGUCGAAAAUAUUAGAAUGUGGUUCAUUGUGUGGUAGCUAUGCAUAUUAUUAGGUACUACUAGUCGAAAAUACUCGAUAUAGAUCGCUACAAUCGAUUAGCUUGCCGAUAUUCGUUAUCGCCAAUGAUACUUAUAAAGGGAUGCAUUUCUAAAAUCUUUUACAUGUGCGGCUUUAUGUCGAUGACCAAUGCAGGAAGAUGCGUCCGUGAUGUGUCGGUUAUUCUUAAUGUUUACCAUUUAAAAUCAGUCUGUAUUUGUUGAAUAAGGGUCGUAACCAGCUGGAUGGCCCCAAGGGUUAAUAGAAACAAGAGAAACAUAAAUACAGGAGACAACACGGAAUACAUAAAAGCACCUGUAAUGAAAAUCGAAUAUGAUCAUUUGGUGACUUCUUUUACCAGCAUGUUCUACAGAACACACAUUUUCGUGCAUCAAGUUGGAAAUAAGUCGCUAAUAAGCUUAUUUUUAUCUCUUACUAACGUGCGCUUUCUAUAUGACUCAGCAAGGCUGAAUAUUAUUUUUCCUUAAAAUUAACACAGAACGUGAAGAAUUCCAGAAAGCAGGAACUGGAACAUAAUUAAAUAUGGGACGUGUUUAAAACCUAACUGUUGCAAAAUUUCUGCGAGAGGAUAGGGAAAAGAAACAGCGAGGGUUUUAGAUAAGGACUUACAAAAAUGAACUUCCUCUGAAAAUGCGGUGGAAUGGGUCACUGUUUUUAAAAACAUCAUACGCUACAUAUUUAAAAGCAUCAUACGCUACUCUAUGUAUAAAGAAGAAUAUAAUAAUAUACGAUAAUGCUUGCAAGUAAAUAUGCUAUUCGCGUCUAUAGAAACCUCUAAAAGGAGUAGUUAUUUGCUUAUCGGUAGCGUAGACGUUUUUUUGCGUAAAAAUUUUCGAAAGGUAAAGUAAAAGGCUGUUUUUAACGUUUAUUAGCGACAAGUUUAUUUAGCAUCGUGAUGUCCAUAUUUCUUUUCGACUUCAUUCGUCAUAGAUGUGCAACUGAGCCAACGUUAACGGAAGCAGCAGCCGUGGUGGUCGUAGUCAAAGUCGUCCAGCAGUCUCCCACUACCGGCAAUUUCAACACCAACACACUCACACACGCACAUACUGAAACUUGACUGGAAAUCAAUGACUUCGUCAACCAUUCGUUAAGGAAACGAGGCCAGCAAAUGAUAAUUACUUUAACUCUGCCCGUAAACGGUAAAGGGUAUCAUCGUAUCUUCCACAUCGAUUUCGAUUUGAAGCUCUGAUAGCAACCUGCUAAUGUAACAUAGCGACACCUCUAGCUGGCUGAUAGCCACGUACUAGCUAAGCAACAGGUGCUCGCUCUUAGCUUCCAAAUUCACGGGUGCUCUAUUACAGAUAAAUUUUCUUCGCCGCAAUAAAUAACGCGACCUCCAACGGAGCAGGUGGACCUUGCCUUGGCAGAUCCCGUAUCAUCUGCUAGUUAAAGUUCUAGCCUUACCCAACAGCGAUUUAUUCCUGCUACGGCUUGGCACAGAUCCUGUCCUUUUCUCAUAGUCACGUAGUUGCAUCUUGUCAACUUAUUGAUCGCUUCGCUGUCACUUAAAUCGAUACGAUCCUAGGCAACUUCACACUGUAGACAUUCGUUUGUUUCAUUUCUGCCAAACAAUAUAGUCUUUUCGUCGCUUAACUUUGCGUGAUUUCUUAAUACAUAUAUUCAUGUAAAUUAGCGGGCAUUGCACGAUUUUUUUUUAUCUCGCUUCGUGCCCUUUCUUCUUUGAUCCAUUUCUCUAAUUUUUCUUUCAUAAACUGUGCGUCUUUGUCAAAG